AUGCUACACAGUCCACCAACUACACUCCCCCCUCCUCCUGCUGUCUCCCUACAACACGUGUCUCCCCCUCCUCCCCCCUCCUCACCCCUCUCCAGUCUGAACCAACCGGACCGCUUGUCAUUUCGCGCCUCGCAGUCUAUUACCGGCGAAUGUCAAGUGGCUACCUAUCUACCUCCCUCUCCCAGUCCGCUCUCUACCUGGUCUGGACUCUCUCCCCCACCCCUCCCCUUCUGUUUCUCCUCCCCUCUCUCCCCUCCCCUCCUCUUCCUCGCUCCAUUCAUUCAUCCCUCGUUCACCGGCCGUGCUCCUCUGAAGGGCACAGCAGCUCGGAGCCGUGUGCUGUGGAGUGAGAUGCAUGAGAACGACUCCCAGCUCCCUCUGUACGACCGGGCUGCUCCCACCUCCUCCUGCUCCUCCUGCUCCUCCUGCUCCUCCUCCUCCUCCGUGAAUGUCACCUCUGCCUUUUGGGGAAUAUCUGUUGUUUUCAUUCAUCAAGAGGAUUGGCUGAUUUGUCUCAGGGUGCGGGCGCAACACACGCAGAAGGAGGUGAUGCCAGAGGAGAUAAGGGGAGCUCGCCCAACGUCCCGUCCGCAAACCUCAGGUGGAUUCUUCUUCUUCUUCUGCUCCAGGACGGUCCCAGAGACGGGUCCCAGGUAG